GCUUGAUUUCUCUGCUUAUUUGCGACGGAAAGCGGCGAAGGGCACGGGAUGCAGCAAAAGCUACACACGGCUUGGCAGUGGCAUUCUCGUUAUUUCUAUCCAAACCCGGUGGCGUUUCCAUUCUCUUCUCAUUUCCUCGUUCCCAUCGACGAAAGUCGAUCUUCUUUUAUAAAAACAACGAGAGAGAGAGAGAGAGAGAGAGAGAGAGAGCUCUUGGACUGAGCUUGAAAACGAGAUGUUGAAGUUGCCCUGUAAUUCUGCGGACCAAAUCCAAGCCCUAGCUUCUCAAUGUAGAUUCCUUACCCAUCACCAUAACAGGCCUCGUUUCACUUGCCGCCCCAAUGUAGUCGUUUUAUGCUCCCCUGUCUCUAAGAGCUCCGUCGUUCAGGCUGUUGUGUCUGAGGGAGGGACUACCCGUGUCGAUUCUGUCCGUGAGAGCUUGACCAACCGCCUCCGCUUGGGGAGCUUGACGGAGGAUGGCUUGUCUUAUAAGGAGAAGUUUAUCGUUAGGAGCUAUGAGGUUGGGAUUAAUAAAACUGCCACUGUUGAGACCAUUGCUAACUUUUUGCAGGAGGUUGGCUGUAAUCAUGCUCAAAGUGUUGGAUUUUCAACUGAUGGAUUUGCUACAACACCCACAAUGAGGAAGAUGCAUCUCAUAUGGGUAACCGCUCGCAUGCACAUUGAAAUAUACAAAUACCCUGCUUGGAGUGAUGUAGUUGAAGUGGAAACAUGGUGCCAAAAUGAAGGAAGAAUUGGAACCAGACGUGAUUGGAUUCUAACAGACUGUGCCACUGGUCAGCUUAUAGGAAGAGCCACAAGCAAGUGGGUGAUGAUGAACCAAGAUACUAGGCGGCUUCAAAAAGUAACUGAUGAUGUCCGAGAUGAGUACAUGGUUUACUGCCCACGAGAACUCAGAUUGGCAUUUCCAGAGGAUAAUAAUCGCAGCUUGAAGAAGAUUUUGAAACUAGAAGAUCCUGCUCAACAUUCCAAACUAGGACUUGUGCCUAGAAGAGCAGAUUUGGACAUGAAUCAACAUGUUAAUAAUGUCACUUACAUUGGAUGGGUUCUAGAGAGCAUGCCUCAAGAAAUCAUUGACACCCAUGAACUGCAAACAAUCACCUUGGAUUACAGAAGGGAAUGCCAACAUGAUGAUGUAGUUGAUUCCCUCACAAGUGUGGAACCUACUGAGGAUUCAGAGCUUCAACCAACAAAUGGUUCUGCCACUGCAACAGCUGGCGACCAGGACUGCCAAGACUUUUUACAUUUACUCAGAUUGUCAAGUAAUGGGCUUGAAAUAAACCGCGGCCGCACUGAGUGGAGAAAGAAAUCCAUAAGAUAAAGUGAAGAAGAAGAAGAAAAAGGUGGUAUAUUUCUCUACCUCUUCCAGUUUUGAGAUAAUUCUCUCUGUUUUUCUUUCUUCUCAUCCAGGUAAUGUUAUGAUUUUGUUGUAUUCGGUAAGAGAUUGUAUUGAGAACAUAGAGACAUUGUUUGUACCAUGAAGAAAAUGUACUUUAUUUUUACAAUAAUAAUCAAUUGUUAUGCGUC